AAAAAGAUUGUCUGAGAUAACAGCCUAGUACAUGAGGCAUUGUGCACAGUUAAAGACUGGAGAUAAGAGACAUUCACAGUAAGACAGGAGAGCUGCUGAAAAUUUUUUGGGCUAUGAAGCAUUAUGAAGAAACCAUAGCUUUCCUCGGUCAGUGGGGACGUUUCCAGCAGAUUGUUUUCUUCCUGCUCUGUUGCAGCACUAUUCCCAAUGGGACUGGAGUUUUAUCCAUCAUCUUUGUGGCCGACAUUCCCAGUCACCACUGCAUGAUUCCUGAGGUUAACCUAACUCGAGAAUGGCUCAGUGCGAUCAUCCCAGUAAAGGUGGUGAAUGGGAAAGAGGAGCUGAGCAGGUGCAGCAGAUACAGGCUGGACGUGGUCAGGAAUCUCUCCGCUCAGGGAUACAUUCCUGGCAGGGACGUCAACCUCACUGACCUGGAGCAGGAGGACUGUGUGGACGGAUGGAUCUACAGUAAAGACAUCUACCAGUCUACUAUAGUCUCUGAGUUUGACCUGGUAUGCAGUGAGCAUUGGAAGCAGCCGUUCACCUCCACAAUUUACUUCCUGGGAGUUCUUGUUGGAUCUUUCUUCUCAGGGCAGCUCUCAGACAGAUAUGGAAGGAAGCCUGUAUUCUUCACAACCAUGGCACUUCAGACUAUGUUUACCUUUUGCCAAAUCUUCUCUCCUUCAUGGAUGGUGUUCUCCAUACUCCUCUUCUUUGGUGGUUUGGGACAGAUAGGCAACUACAUAGCUGCUUAUGUGCUGGGAACAGAGAUCUUGACUGGCAAUGUACGUGUCCUGUUCUCAUCACUGGGUGUGUGUCUGUGCUAUGCCAUCGGCUACAUGUUUCUGCCUCUCUUUGCUUACUUCUUAAGGGACUGGAGGUCUCUCCUGUUGGCUGUGUCUCUGCCUGGCCUGCUCUAUAUCCCUAUGUGGUGGUUCAUCCCUGAGUCUCCUCGAUGGUUGCUCUCUCAGGGAAGGGAGGAUGAGGCUGAAGCCAUAGUGAGAGAUGCUGCUAAAAAGAACAAAGUUGAGACUCCACAGGUCAUUUUUGAAGAUUACAGUGCUGAUGAGAAAAAGAUGCUGUCUAAAAAUGAAGAACACCACACUGUCUUUGACCUGAUGAGAACCAGCAACAUUAGAGCCACAACACUUAUUCUAUGCCUCGUGUGGUUCACUUUUGGUAUUGGCUAUUACGGCCUGUCCCUGAACACAGUACAACUCACUGCUGACCCCUAUAUCAGUUGUUUCAUCUCAGCAGCUGUAGAGGUACCAGCUUACGUGUCAAGCUGGCUUCUGCUACAAUACUUUCCACGACGACUGUCUGUCAGUUGUACAAUGCUCCUGGGAGGAGUGUCCCUGUACUUCAUUCAGCUGGUGCCUCAAACUUUAACAGAGUUGUCUGUUGCCCUGGAGAUGCUGGGUAAAUUUGGCUUUUGUACCAGUACAGCCAUGCUGUUUGCCUACACAACAGAGCUUUACCCAACAGUGCUCAGGAGCACAGCAGCAGGCACAUGCUCAACAUUCUCCAGAGUGGGCAGCUGCAUUGCACCUUUUGUGUUACAGCUCAGUAUAUAUUUUAAGUACCUGCCUUAUAUUAUACUGGGUACUCUGGGUGUUGCGUCUGCCAUUACUACCCUCUUCCUUCCAGAGAGCUUUGGACGACCUCUACCUGAAACUAUUCAACAGAUGCAUAUGAGAGAAAGGCUGAAUUGUCCCUGCAUCACUCAAAAAGAAACAACAAAACCUGUGGUGGUUUUGUCAAGUCAACUGUGAUUAUUUUAUACAUGAUUUAAUUUAAUGUUGUUAAUGCAUAUUGAAAUUGAAUAUCAUUUUUAAUGUCAUGAUAUUCCAAGUUAUUUAAAAAAAUCAUUACAUUAACAUUACAACAACAUUACUCCUCAACUUAUCUUCACAAAUUAUUUUAAAUAAAAUAAACUCUAUUUAAAUAGUAAUAAUACAAAUCUGGAGUACAAUGACAUGGUGUAGUAUAAAUGAUAGAAAAUUAAAGCAAUUACUGUAAACAAUGUAAAUAAUAGUUUUCCUUAAAGGAGCCAUGCAUACGUUUUGCUGUAGCUACAUAGCCUAUGCUAGCAUAAACAGCUGUUUACUUACCAGUCUAGAAGAAACAUUGCGAGUUCAGCAUCAGACUUCAUUCCUUUACUCACUGAGAGCUGUCUCCACUGGUUUUUGAAGUGAAAAAUCCAGUGUGUCACACUUAAUUAACAUCUGUACACUUAAAUUCAAAAAUCUGGCAAACAUGAAAUUUGCUCAGUGGGAAGUAAAACAUCUGCAUUCAGCUGUUUGAAUGUACAUGGAUAUAAAUAUCGAAAUGUGAAUGCUAAAUAAAUCUGUGUCAACAAGAAUCACCGAGUCCUGAGAACUUUGAUUCUUUUCAAAGGGAGAAAGUUUGGUUUAGAACUGAACCAGUGAGCUGAUUAAUUUUUUUAAACUAACACAGCAGUAUUCUAGCAGCUUCUGUGUUCCCCUUGAUAAAAUUCCUGCACUGUGCUGAUCUCUGUACAUAGACAUUAUUGUAUCAACAGAACAAAUAUCCUUAAUACAUUCAUUUUAAAAAGUUGC